AUGGAUCCGAAAAUAGAAUCUCCUGAAUAUAGCAUUUUCUUUGGAGUUAUGGGAGCAACAUCAGCAAUGGCGCUUUGUGCUCUUGGAGCAGCGUACGGAACAGCAAAGUCUGGCGUUGGAAUUUCAGCCAUGGGAGUUAGAAAACCGGAAAUCAUCAUGAAAUCUAUAAUUCCUGUUGUCAUGGCUGGCAUAAUUGGUAUUUACGGCCUUGUUGUUGCAGUUUUAAUUGCAAACAGCAUUGAUCCAGUGAAAAGAGGAUACACACUCUUUAAAGGCUUCUUGCAUUUAGGUUCAGGACUAAGCGUUGGACUCAGCGGACUAGGCGCUGGAUUCGCUAUUGGCAUCGUUGGAGAUGCUGGAGUAAGAGGCUCAGCUCAGCAGCCAAAACUAUACGUCGGGAUGAUACUUAUACUCAUCUUUGCAGAAGUGCUUGGAUUAUAUGGAUUGAUAGUUGCUCUUAUUCUUACAACAAGACAAGGAUGA